UUCAGUAAGUUUCUUCCCCCUGAGCGUGCAAAACCUUGCCAAGGUCACGAGUCGCCCGCAGCUCAGAUCUUCCCUACAGCAGCAUCCAACUUGUUUGUCACUUACCAUCCAGUUCAACAUGGCAACUCGAUGGGGACUCUGCGGAGCGGGAAAGAUCAGCCAUGACUUCAGCGUGGCCAUGAAGACGCUGCCCCGCGAGGAUCAUCAGAUAGCUGCGAUUGCAUCGAGAAGCAAGGCUCGAGCUCAGGAUUUCGCUAAAAAACACAGUGUUCCUAAGUCUUACGGCAGCUACGAGGAGCUGGCCAGCGAUCCGGACAUCGACAUCGUGUACCUGGGGGUCCUGCACACGGAGCACUGGCGAGUCGGCCUUCUCUUCCUCAGAGCCGGGAAGAACGUGCUGUGUGAGAAACCUUUCGCUAUGAACUCCAGUCAGGUGAAAGACCUCGUCGCGGCGGCCAAGAAAAACAACGUCUUCCUGAUGGAGGCCAUCUGGUCCCGCUGCUUCCCGGUCUAUGCUGAGGUGCGCCGGCUGCUGGCAGAGGAAGCGGUCGGGGAGGUGAAGCUGGUGAAGAGCUACUUCGGCUCCCCUCAGCUCCACAUUCCCCGCUCGGUGCAGAAGGAGCUGGGCGGAGGAGCCCUGCUGGAUAUCGGCGUUUACUGCCUGCAGUUUGUGCUGAUGGUGUUCGACGGCGAAAGGCCAGAGUCCAUCCAGGCCACGGGGGCGCUGCUCGACUCGGGAGUGGACGAGUCGGUGGUUGUGGUCAUGAAGUUCUCCAGGAGCAGGAUGGCCGUCUGCACCUUUUCAAUCGCCGCUCGACUUCCCAAUGACGCCGUCAUCAGCGGCACCAAGGGCUCCGUAGAGGUCCGAGGGCCCAUGCACUGCCCCACCACGCUGGUGCUGAAUGGUAAAAAAGCCGAGUACCCUCUGCCUGAACCUUGCCUCCCUCUAAACUUCACAAACAGCACUGGGCUCCGUUACGAAGCCGAGGAAGUGAGGCGAUGCCUGCUCGGAGGACUUAAGGAGAGCCCACGGAUGCCUCUGGCGGACUCCGUCUUACUGACGGAGCUCAUGGAUGAAAUCAGGAAACAGGUGGGAGUCGUCUUCGGACAAGACAGCCAGUGACAUCACUCCAGAGCAGAGCUGCUUCCCGUCACCGGUAGUAAACCCACUCAGGUGGAGCGGAGGGAGUUUCUUAAUGCGGGGCUUCAGAUGGUUGGAAUAAACAUGCCGGGCACGCCUCGGAGGGAUGAGCCCGAGCACACGCCGUGGAUAUCGCAGCAGUUGUGACUUGCUGUUAUAAUAAAGAUCAGUAGAUUAUCAGAACGUAUAAAUCGAGGGUUUUACACUCCAUAUAGUCUUUUCUUUCCAUCCUGAAUCAAUCCAUUCUGCUGUUACUGUUCCUGACAAAUUGAAAAGAUUAGAAACAGGGAAGAAAAAAAAAAAGAUCAUGUCUGAAAUAAAUCACACUGCAAAACAGAGCAACUUUGUUGU